AACUUUAAGUAUGAAGAACAAAUAUCCAGCUCUCAUACAACGUUAUCCACUCUCUCGUUACGGCCAUGGCUAUCUCCUUGACUUGCAUCCAUGGCUACCCUUCUCUUGAUUCUGUAAAUUCACACCUCAAUCACAAGCAUAAAAUGUUGCACACCAACAAUAAUGAACCGCUUCGUCUCUCCAGCAGUGAAAAACCCUCAAGACUUAUUCGAAAAUUCCCUUCGCUAAGGGCCUUCGCCGUCACUGAUUCACAUUACACACUGGUUCUUGCGGCCACUUCUCCACCUAAGUCCGGUGACAUAUCGGUUUUCCUCCAAACCAGUGCUGUGAUGCUCUUGGUGUAUUUGAUUGCAAAUUUUCUCGUACCCAGUAUCAUCUCCAAAUCUUUAGAACUCGACGAGGAAAAAGAAGAUUCAAGUCCAAAAGUCUAACAAACAGUAUCCUGUGACUGAAAAACAAAACUCAAUAAUUCAUG